AUGAAUAAAAACAAAAGGAACGUUGAAAUAGAUGAUUCCACAGAGUUUGGCAUUAAGUUACUCAAGCUAUUAAAAAAGUCUGUAAUUUCGGUAGACCCAGGCGAUCCUUCUUCUGAUUAUAGUGAUUAUAAUAGACCAAAAAAAAUUAGUGGUCACGACGAGGCGGGAAACACUAAUAAUACUGUUAGUGCUACCACUACUAUUCCUUCACCAACGUCUUCAGAUUAUACGUCAGGAAAUGACACGGCGGCACAACAACAACUUCAAGAGGAGGAACAAACUCUUCAAAAAAUAAUUGUCGUUCUCUGUUCACUUGGUGCUUCACUUGUCUUGGUAACGAUUGCAAUAGGGUUUUUAUUCUGGAAAGUACGAGGACAAGCGAUGAAUAAUAAUAAAAAGGCUUCCAUGGAUAAUGAUGAGCCAGAUGAUAGAACAAAUAUUGAUAGAACAAAUUUUGAUUCAAUAAUUAACGUUAAUGACAAUAUUAAUGAUAGCUUAAGUGAGACGGAACAUGAUUCGAAAGCUGGUUUUCCUCAUGUUAACGAGGAAUUUCCUCUUGAUAUGAAACAAUUAAAAAUGCCUCGAUCAGCUGUGCUAUCAUAUCCAACUCAUGCCUUUUCAAUAGCAGCACCUUCUGCUCCACCAGCAGAAGAGUUGGAAUUACAUGAUGCUGGUGCAUCUAAUUUUUCUAUUCCUCCUCCUCCACCGGCUUAUAGUA